AUGUUUACAAAUAUCGCUUACGUAAAGAACGUCCUUAUCGAUUCUUUCCUUGUUUACCUGACCCGGGUCGUCCGUCUGCCCUUCUGCCCGGCUGUUUGGCUGGUGCUUCUGUCCUCUAUUUCGGGCAUCAUUUUACGGGGCUGUAGCUACACUCGUUGCACAAUUACCAGACGCAUCUGCCUCUUUCUGAUUGGAGCAAACUGGCACUCUUAG